AUGAUGCGGUCACAAUGGAUAUAUCACAUGAUGCAUCCUCUGAUAGAGCUAGAAGGAAGGAACACAUACUGUUGCCGCUGCCAUGAUAAAGGUGCUAGUGGUAUUGAUAAGCGAAAGGUCUCUGUUACCAAGGGGAAAAUCCAAGCUGGUUCAAAACCUUUAGAUUACUACAAGCACGAUAUUUCUGGCAGAAAUAGUAGACUAGCAGGCAUCAAGUACUAUCCUAAAGGAUAUGAUGCUAAUACUCCCAGUCAAAGAAGACGUAUAAAGUUAGGCGAUAAAGCAUUUCCUCUUUCUAAUACACAAGCCGUUUAUGCAUUCCACUGUGGAGGAAAUCCGGUUCUUAUCUAUGUUAGCUCAUCUCAAGAGGAUGUUAAGGGUUGGUACAAACCAAACACUACUGGUGACAAUGUUACAUGGCAGAGGGUCUCUGGUAUAUCAAAGGAUCCGGAUAACAUUAAAGACUGUAAUGGAAGCGACUUCGAUGCACUUGUGGAGGAACUAGUGAGUGCUGGAUGUAGAAUAUAUUCAACAUGUAAAGAACUUCAAUCUCAAUCUCCUCAAAAACGAGGUGCUAGUCCUUCUGGACCUUCUGGUCCACCCUCAUCUCGACUAACUGCUAGUCCUGAUGAAGUUGGUGAAAAAGAUGUUGCUGCUGUUUAUGCUAAAGCUGAAACUGGUGCUAGUGGAGCUGAACAAGAACAACAGGACUCGGUAGCACGUUCUGAAAAUUUUGGAGGAACAGACCAAGAUGGAGAAGGUGAGAAGGCCUUCUAUAGUAGUGAUGGUAGACCCACUGAAGCUCUUCCUGCUCUUCAAUCUGCUACUACUGAUGAUCAAACUGCUUCUCCUGGUACUCCUGAAGCUCCUCCUCAACCUUUUGCUGCUGCUCCUGUUGCUACUAGUCUCUGGUUAACCUUUGGCUCUACCUCUGCCACUCUUGCCGGAGCUGGCGGUCUUACUGGACUUGGUUGGUGGGCAUUUAAACGUUCUAAAGGAGAUCCUUGGGUUAGACAAAUUUAG